UGUUUUCCACUCGUGUGUUCCGUUCAGUUCGAAUUCAACUGUUGACGUGUUUGCAAGCGUGUUAUCGGCGUUCGUCCGCUCGUUUCGUUUCGUACGCUCGUUCGCUCGUAUUUUGCUAUCGAUUCUCGUAUCGACGCGACAACAACAAACCAAAAGCUCGAAAAACGCGUCGGCAAACAAAAUCACAUUUUCAAGUGUAUUUAAAAUAUUAAUUACAAAAAUAAGAAACAAGUAAAAACAAGCAGUGCUACCAAAACAGUGUGCUAAACAAAUAGUUUUCGUGUGUUUCGUGUGCUAUAUUUCUCAAAUGGAAAAUGCAUAGCCAUUAGAAAGAAAAAAACAACAACAAACAACUAAACGGAAAAUUGAAAAUAUAAAGAGAGAGCCCGCUGACUAUAGAGGAGGGAUUUGAGAACCAACCGAUUCCUGCCCCCCCGGUACAACAGAAAAACAUUCAAAAUUAUACUCGAAAUGGAUAUGACCUCAACAGCGGAGGCUGCCGCUCGCAGCUGGUAUGAUAGUCCGCGCUUAGGUGGCGGCGGUGGAUCGUCGGGCGGCGGCGGCGGUAAUGGCGGUGGCGUUUCACCCCAAACCAAUGGCCUUGGCAGCGCCGGCAGCAGCCUGGCCCACAGCCAUCACAGCCUGUCCAGCGGCGCCAGUUCGGCGGGCAGCAGCGUUGGUGUAGGAGCAGCCCUCGGUGGAGGCGGUGGAUCCGGACUGGAUACCAGCGACAUGAGCGCCUUCUAUGCGCUGGAAAGCAACGGACACCAUCGACGCUACUAUCCCAGCUAUCAUCAGCACACAUCCCGCAUGCCCUCCACCCAUGCCUCGCCCCAAGUGUGCCGGCCGCACUUCCACACCCCGCUGAGUCCAUGGCUGACCAGCGAGCACAAGUCCUUCGCCCCCGCCAGCGCCUGGAGCAUGGGCCAGUUUGCCUGCCCGCAGGAGCCGCAGGUGGAGCACAAGCUGGGCCAGAUGGGUCAGAGCCAUCAGACGACGGCCGCCGGCCAGCACUCGUUCCCCUUCCCGCCGACGCCGCCAAAGGAUUCCACGCCCGAUUCCGUGCAAACCGGUCCAUCCGAGUACCAGGCCGUGAUGAACGCGUUUAUGCACCAACAGGCCACGGGCUCUACCUCACUGACGGACGCCAGCUGUGCGCUGGACAUCAAGCCGUCGAUCCAGAACGGAAGUGCGAGUGGAUCCUCCGGCAGCGGCACCACCCACACAUCGACACCCAAGCAGCGAGAAGGUACAACCAGCACCACUAAUUCCAGCUCCAACUCCAGCAGUAGUCAACAGCAGCAGCAGCAGCAGCAGCAACAACAGCAGCAGCAGCAACAGCAGCAGCAGCAACAUAACAGCAGCAAUAGCAACACCAAUGCCAGCAGCAACACAUCCGCCUCGUCCUCCGCCGCAGCAGCUUCUUUGUCCGCCGCCGCAGCAGCCGCCUCCGCAGCCACAUCCUCGAACGGUCUGUUCGAUGGAACGGCGCAGGCGUACAGCAGCGGUGGGAGUGGCGGAGGCGGUGGUGGUGGUGGUAGCGGCAGCGGUGGUUAUGACACCAGCAGUUAUGCCUCCUAUCAUCAUGCGGCGGCGCAUCAUCAGGCAGCCGCUGUGGCGGCAGCGAAUAUGUUCCAAAGUUCCUCGGUGGCAGCGGCUGCAGUGCGUCACAGUAUGGCCGCGGCGCAGGCGCAUCACCACCAUCAUCAUCAUCACAGUGGACACCAUCAUGGUGGUUCCUCUGCGGGCAUGCAUGGUUUGGGUGGUUCGGUGGGCGGCGGUACCGCCGGCAUGGGCAGCAUGAGUGGCAAUAGCGUCGGAGCUGGAUCGCUGAGUGGUCACAGCGGAGCCGGGAGCAAUGCGGGCAGCGGAGGUCUGGAUGUUAAGCCCGUGCGGACCAAGCCGCGGACAAGUGCCGAGGGACGCGAGUGUGUGAAUUGUGGCGCCACAUCGACGCCACUGUGGCGACGCGACGGAACGGGACACUAUUUGUGCAACGCCUGUGGCCUGUACUACAAAAUGAACGGCCAGAAUCGACCCCUGAUCAAGCCAAAGCGAAGACUGACCCUGCAAUCGCUGCAGAGUGCGGCCAAGAGGGCGGGCACAUCCUGCGCCAAUUGCAAGACCACAACCACAACCCUUUGGCGACGAAAUGCCAGUGGCGAGCCAGUGUGCAACGCCUGCGGAUUAUACUACAAGCUGCACAAUGUCAAUCGUCCGCUCACCAUGAAAAAGGAGGGCAUCCAGACGCGUAAUCGCAAGCUGAGCUCCAAGUCCAAGAAGAAGAAGGGUCUUGGCGGCGGCUGCCUGCCAAUUGGUGGUCACCUGGGCAUGGGUGACUUCAAGCCGCUGGAUCCCUCGAAAGGAUUCGGCGGCGGCUUCUCGGCCUCCAUGGCACAACAUGGACACCUCUCGAGCGGACUGCAUCCGGCACAUGCGCAUAUGCAUGGCAGUUGGUAUACCGGCGGCAUGGGCGCUCUGGGUGCCUCAAGCGGAUUGCAGGGCGGCUUCUCCACCGCCGGCUCUCUCGGCGGAGCGGUGGUGCCCCAUUCGCAGCCCUACCACUUGGGACUCAGUUCGAUGGGCACCUGGCGCACUGACUACACGUGAUGGAGCGGGAACAACUUGAACAACAAUCUGUUCAGUUAGAGUGCCGCGAUCUUACCCACGCCCGAAUCGACUUCAUCGGGCAGUAAAUAAAUCGAGACAAAACCAACAAACAAACAAAAUAAAAACCAGACAAAACACAAUGCCAAACUGAGGACUCCUUGGCCAGCAAUUGACAGUGGCACCAAGCCCUUGACAUCCCAACGAGAAAUAUAUAUAUAAAUAAAUAUAUAUAUAUAUAUAUAUGAUGAUGAUGGAGUAUGGGGGUGGAGGUGGGCCAACUGGACGAGCGCUGGCUAUUCCUAAUUGUAAACAUUGCGUGCAAUUUUUAAUUAUUUAAGCUUUGUCGCUGUUGUUGCUGCCACUGCUGGUGCUGCUGCUGGUGCUGCUGCUGCGGCAGCAAUAACAAAAGCCCCAUUAAAAUUAAUUAAAGGGCUGCACAUUAAUUUUAUUUUAUUUUUCCUUUAUGGCUUUUCUGUGAGUGUUUCUGUGUAUAGGUUUUUCUCUCUCUCUUCUACUUUUUUUGUUUUUGUUUUAUGUUUCAUAUUUCGCUUAAUUAAUUUAAUUUCUCGCCGCAAAUUCAGCGUAUUUAAUUGUGCUUUAUGAACUGCCAUAAAAACGAGGAAAACGAGGGAAAACCAAGGGGAAAUUUCAUAAAUAUUUAUUGUGUAAAUAUAGCAGAAAACGAGAAUCAAGCACACAGAGAACUAAAAAUUAUUAUAAACCAUAAAAAACAAAACUUAAAACAAAAAAAGAAAAACAGUUACAAUGCACGUCCAAAAGUAAACAUUUUUGUAAAAAUGAAAAAAAAGAUUAAGAAGUUAGUUUUAAGGUGAAGCGUAGAAGAGGAGCUGCUGGAGGUGUUUGUCCUAAUUCGCAAAAUGCAAUUGAAAAUUGCAAAAAAUACUUUAGAGCGUAUGCCUACUGUAAACUAGUUAAAUUCUUAGACUCUAAACAAAACAGACGUGAUAAACAAAAAGUAAAAUUUAUAUAUAAAUAUUACACUUAACAAACUUCACUAAGGCGCGCCAUUAGCUAAUGUAAAAUAAAAUUAAAAUAAAAAACAAAAGAAGGAGAAAACAGUUUCUGAUUGAAAGCAAAGGCCGCCGUCAAACUUUUAAAACUAAAAAUGAAAAACAAAAAAACAAAAAACAAACACACUUAAAUGUUCAAUGUUAAUGCCUAAGUCUUAAAAAUAUACACACAUAAACAUUUAACUAUGCAUAGACUUAAACUUAAUGUAAUAAAUUUAAUUAAAUUAAAUGUUAAAGGCAAUUUGUAAAAUACAUUUGUUAGCAAUUUUUGUAUAAUUAUAGUAAAAACAAAAGAUGAAAGAAAAACAAAAAACGAAAAAAAAUUAAAAUUUAAUCCCCUAAGUUGUGUGUAUAAAGCCAGUUUAGUCCUAACCUAAUUUAUGUCUGAGGUAUAAACAGAAUAUAACUAUAUAUAUAUAUAUAUAAAUAUGAUGUAUUAUGUGCUAAGUGUAAACGAUAAAUGUAUUGUAAUUUGGCCAUAUUGAUAGUUGAAUAUAUAUAAAUCAAAGCAAAAGAUAAUGUUUAUUUAAAAUCGAAACCUAAAAAUGAUGGAAAAUUGUAUU